GCUCAUUACCGACUGAAGUUCUGACAUUCUACACGCUCUGCACGCAAAUACCUUCAGCAUGCCUCUCAAGCUGCACUACUUCGCAGGCGCCGGCCGCGCCGAGGUGUCGCGCCUGCUCUUCACCAUUGGCAACGUGCCGUUUGAGGAUGUCACUUACACAUACGCCACCUUUGCCGAGUUCAAGGCCAAGACACCCUUUGGCCAAGUGCCUGUUCUGGAGUUUGAGGAUGGGAGCAUGCUGGCACAGAGCGGCGCCAUUGACCGCUAUGUGGCCAAGCUGACGGGUCUGUACCCGGAGGACCCCAAGGACGCCGCGUUUGCGGACAUGGUGGUCUUCCACGUGACCGACUUCAUGGACUUGUUCAUGCCCACCUGGACCAUGCCCGCUGAGGAGAAGGUGAAGGCGCGUCAGGACAUCCUGGCCGGCAAGGGCGGCGACAAACUGAAGCAGCUGGAGAAGAUUAUUGAGAAGGCCAAUGCCGAGGGCGGCGGCUGGCUGGCGGGCGGCAAGCUUUCUUUCGCCGACGUGGUGGUGUUCACCUACCUCAGCGGCAUCACCAGCCCCAUCAUGGAGGGCAUUCCCAAGGACCUGCUAAACUCCUACCCGGCAAUCAAGGCCUUCCGCAACAAGAUUGCGAAUCUGCCCGCCGUCAAGGCCUACUACCAGGACAAGACGGAGGAGAGCCGUGCCUCGUACAAGCCUGACCCCUGAGCCCGCCUUAUAGGGGACGGGGAAGGCCCGCGGGCAGGUUGCGCUCUGGCGAGAGCCGUGGGGUUUUGAGGCGUGUUACUGGUGAAGUAUUGCUGGCUGCAUUGGGAUGUUGGCACUGGGCCGCGGUUGCUGCGCCUUCGUGGAUGGUACUGCGACGGGCACCUACGACGGGGCUGUUACUUCGUUACUUUGUCAAGCUUGCCGUUACAUAGUUCAGAUUGUGCAUAAGUGAUUGCAGAUACUGUGGCAUUACCGGUAUAGUAUUGUAGCAGAAUAACCAUAAUUUGAUGCCCUACGACGCGGAACUCGCAAGGGGUGUCUUGUUUUGCCGAUGGGGUAAGCUGCGGGCACACAAUACACACACGGUAAAUACCCAACAUUGAGCCAGCGCCGCUCGGCGUUUGCCUUGAAGUCGUUUGGUUUACAGUCUGAGCUUUACAGUGUUAACACAGCGACCCAUAACCAUGCAGUCCCUCCACGCGCGCUCGACGCGCACCUGUAUCGCAACCCAGAACGCUGCCACGCGCCGAGCUGUCGUCGUUCAAGCAUCUAAGGGCUUUGGAGCAGCGCAACCAAAGAAAUUUGUGCAGCGCAAGGACGCUGCGACGCCCGACCCUUGCCCAUGCGAGAGCGGGAAGGCCUACAAGGUGUGAUUUGUGCAGUUGAUAACGC